CCUUCCCUGUCUAAAAUGGUUCCAUAAACAAAAAUGAGUUCACCGAAACAUAAAGAAAGAAGGAGUUCUAGUGGACCCAUAGAUUUACCAGCCCUCUAUUCAGUGUUCUAUGGGGAGGUAGCAGCAUUACAACCCUAUGGAGCUUUUAUUAAAAUUCCUGGCUACAGAAAACAAGGUCUGGUCCAUAAGUCACAGAUGUCUAAAGCUAGGGUGGAGGAUCCUUCAGAAAUGUUAGCUGUUGGAGAGAUGGUGUAUUGUAAAGUUGUAUCAGUAGAGGGAGAUAAGAUUGGACUGUCUAUGAAGGUUAUCAACCAAACCACUGGAAAAGAUGAGGACUCAGCAAAUGUUCAGCUUAGUUUGGAUGAAAGAAAAAAUAGAAAAGGAUUUCGAAUGGAAAGAGCAAAAAUUGAACUGGGUGCUGUCUUAGAUACAACAUGCAAGAAGUGUGGUGGCCAUGGGCAUUUGGCUCAAGACUGUUUCCAUGCAAAAGGAGGCAAGACAUAUGAAUUAAUUCCAGAAGAUGAACUUGUUUCACCUAGUAAAGAAACUGAUACUUCAUCUAGUAGGAAAAGAAAAAAGAAGGAAAAGAAAGCAAAGAAAUCUAAGAAACAUCGUCAUAGUGAUUCAUUAUCAGAUGAUGAAACAGAUAAAUCUCAUAAAAAGAAACAUAAGAAACAUAAACACCACCAUCAUAAACAUGAAAAGAAGAGUCGACAUGAUAACAGCAGUUCAAGUUGUGAUGGAUGAACUUUGUACAAACAUUGCUCAUACUGGUUUAUGUACUGUUUUUCAUAUGAUAUAGCAAAAUAUAGUCACUUCAGCUUAUGUGGAGUACAUGCUGUUAUUUGUGUUUAAACAGUUUGUUUCACUUGGGUUUGUUCCCUCUAUUGGGAAUUUUGACAUUUUAUUAUUGUUGUGUCCUUUGAUAACACACUCAACAUUAAGUGUUAACCCUAAAAUUGCAAAAUGCAUUGAAUUAUCUGAGUAUUUGUAAGAACAGGAUUUGGAACAAGUUACAAGUGUUUGUUUAGAAUGUAUUUGGUAAUAAUAUGUAAAUGAUAAAUAAAAUCACAUUUUUGCCAUCCCA